CACACUGCAAACUCGGACCUGGCAGCCUUCAUCUACUUACUCACUCAAGCGCGCAGUCGAAAGGGCCGGCUGCGAAGACAUCGGAGACUCGCAACGUGUAGUUUAUAAAGGCCUUCCUGACCUGCUUUACCUAGCGCCUCAUCAACGGUCCUUCUGCCCCCAUACACUCCGUCGACCCCUGCUCCAUCUUAUUCGUACACGCCUCGUGAGGAUGAAUGUCUCGUUGCGCAGUCUGGGCGUCACAAGCCGCAUCCGGACACCGGCACCUACCUGAAGCGGUCUGGUCGCGAUACUAUCGUUCUGACGGGGCAGGACGCAAGCGCAGCCAUCCCCACAUAUCGUAGGCGGGGUCUCAUCGCAGGGUUUCUCGAUCUGGCUGCCCGAGAGACAAUAACCGAUCUUGCAUUGAAGAUCCGCGGCAAAGUCUCGCUGCAUAUACCGGACAUGGUUCCCACCGAAUUCACGUUCUUGGACGAGUCGAUCGGGCUUUGGUCAAUGUCCGAAGAGUGUUCCCCACCCAGCCAGCUGCCCUUCGCAUACACUCUCCCAGCGUCAUUCAAAGCGGGCUCCCUCGAUCGUCCGCUGCCACCAUCAUAUUCUUCACCCCAAUCGUCAAUCGCAUACACUCUGCAGGUGACCAUCACCCGUCGGCGGACGCGCAAGUUCUUUGGCUCGCCCAAGAACACGGUGUGCAUUCCUUUUGGGUACCGACCACGCACUCGGCCGGGACACUCCACCCAAUCAUUUGUCGCAGGUUUCCUCCAAGACGUCAAGACCAUGCCAGAAGAGUGGCGCGAACACGCACACCGUGUCACAGGCAAGGCCAAGGGGGACGUGAAGCCGCUGGACUUGCAACUUUAUAUCCCCUCCAGUGGUGUCUUUGCACUGGAUGAAUCGAUCCCCUUCCAUGUCCAGCUGACUGGUGCCGUUUCUUCCCUCCAAGAGGUCUACCGCGCGGAUGUGCAGAAAGGGCAGCGUCUCGUGGAGGUCAAGAUUGUGCGGCAGACGCUCGUCACAAUAAACGGCAUGCGGACUGCCGUGCUGCAAUCGGUCAUUGGUAGAGCUGACCUGGUCUCGCUCCCACCCGGUGCUGGUGCAGAGGACAAUGAGGUGGACGGUUCCGCCAGUCUCGACUGGUCUGGUGACCUGCGCGUGAAUGGAGAUGUGGAGGUCGCCUCUUUCGAUGCGGGGAUUGUGAGGAUGCAGGUGGGUGUGCCACUGCCUAUUGAGUCCGUCUCACAUCGCAUGAUACUGAAUCAAUUGCAGGACUUCAUCGUGGUGGAGCUCGGCCCCAGCGCGAACUUCGAGCGCGUUCGGCAUUCUCAUUCGAUACGCUUGGUGACAGAUGCUUGGGACACAUAAGCUCGCGUCGGCCGAUCGACCUGGCAUUCCGGAGAUUCCUCCAAGACCGAUGCCACCAAAAUACAACUCUUCUCGGUUCCAACUUCCGGGCGGGUUCCAAUCCACACUGCGCUGACAGAAUGGUCUUUGUGAUGAUCUCCUCUUGAUAGAAGACGCUGCUUCAGUGUGUGUCUUAGAACCGUUGGGCAUCGAUCGUCAGCGUACUCAUGUCCGAACCGUUUGAUCUAUACUUCGAUACUGUUUCAGGCGAUGUCCCCUGAGCUGCUGCUCAUAGCAAAGUAGACGUUACGUAUAUUUUUCAAGGAAUGCGACCAUCCUGAUUGACCGUAUGCGUCGGUCUCAGCUUUCUGUCUGC